UCCCGCAGUGACCAUCGACUGACUGGCUGCCGGACUGCAGCAAGUAGUCGCCUCCCGUUUCUGUUUUCUGUUCCAGCAUGCCUGGUGUCUGUGCUGCUGUCUGGGCCGAGAGUCGCUUCUCUACUUGAGGGAAUCAAAGUUGCAGCAAUGGAGACUAGUGAGAGUGAUGCAGCGGUCACAUACUUGGGGAAAGCUGAGGAGAGAGAUUAUUAUGAGCUGGAGCAUCUGCCUCCACUGCUGGAGGACGAGGAGAACGUGUCUCUGGCAGACAUCCUGUCUCUGCGGGACAGCUGUCUCUGUGAGGACGAGGUGUGGGCGGUGUGUGUGGAGUGCUGCGUGGCGCUGCAGAGCAUCAGACCCUCCCACCUCUUCCACACGCUGUGCAUCACGCCAGACACGCUGGCCUUCAACGCCCACGGCAACGCCUGCUUCAUGGAGCAGCUGAGCGAUGAUCCAGAAGGUUCCUUCGUGCCUCCAGAGUUUGACAACACGGGCAGCACGUUUGAGGGCCAUGUUUACUCUCUGGGCUCCACGCUUUCAGCCGCGCUGAGCUUUGUGAUCGAGCCGGAGCUGGAGGCGGAGCUGGGGGAGGAGAUCCAGAGGCUGCUGGAGCAGAUGCAGGAGGAGAAGCCUGAAGACCGGCCGCUGCUGCAGGACGUCCUGUGUCUGGCUGAAGCCCGGCUGUCUCAUACCUCCUCUGCAGCCGUUUGCCGGAAACUGUCUUCAGUCGGUCGACGGGUUCUCUCCAUCGAAUCAGUCUCAACCUUUCAAGAUGGACCGGAAGGCUCCUGGGAGGCGAGAUGGCAGCAUCCCAAACCCAGAUGUCUGCUUAAAAGACUGAGCUCGGACGAUCAUACCAAAGAGCUGUGUGUUGAUGCUUCUGUUAAAUCAAACGGUCUGUCCAGGCAGCAGGUGUGCGGCGGCUGGGACUCGUCUCUCUGGGCCGAGGACAUGGACGCCAGCGAAGGAGACGCCAUGAUCUUAGCAGACGAGCUGGACUGCAGGUCCCACAACAGCUCCCCGGUGAGGAGGAGGGCCCAGCAGAGGCUGAACCGAGUCCGGGGGGCUCUGAACCGGUCCUGCUCCGUCCCGGACUCCAACAACCCCCCGUGUCUGUCCCCUCCGCCCCACGGGGACAUCAGCGUCCCCGUGUCCGACCUCACGGAGAUCGGAGCGGACGAACACUUGAGCUGCAGCUCCGUGUGGAGCAACAGACUCCAGAGACUCAACCGGGGCAAGUCCUGUGAGACGUACCCACAAUGUAGCGCCGAGGAUUGUGGGAGCUCACUGGUGGACGAGCGUAUGUCAGAAGGACACGAGGACGCCGCAGAGACGUUCUGCAGCGGAGACACAAAGACUCAAGGCUGCCAGGAAUGUGAGUCUAGCAGCCGGGGUUCAGGUUCUCCCUGUCAGGACGUGGAGAUGGAUCAGGACUCUUGUGAGGACCAUCACAGUCUCUACAUUCCCAACAACUACAUGACCAAAAGCAUGCUGUGCCUCAACCAAGAGUCCCAGGACGAGUGGAUCUCUCUCAGAGAGUUACUGAGCCGCUGUGGCCGGAGGCUGAGCGUUAACGAGCUGUGGGCUCUGUGUCACACCUGCCUGUCCUCCCUGCAGACCUACAUCGACUUCCCAGCAUAUCUGUGCCUGGACACGGUGCACGUGGGCUGCAAGGGAGAAGUUCUCUUCCUGAAACCUAAAAACAUCGGAUCCAGAGAUGAAUUUUAUCUCGCUCCUGAAUAUCAAGAACAUGGAAUAGUGACUGAGAAGGUUUGUGUGUACGGCGUUGCUGCUAUUCUCUGGGCCACCGCCAAGUUCAGUUUAUCACCUCAUCAGAAACUGGCAAUGCCUCGCAAACUGAAGAGGCUGCUGCUGGAGAUGGCCAAGAGGACGCCCAUAGAGAGACCCACCAUCGCCAUGGCUAAAAAGAACUGUCGUGACUUUUUAUCAUGUCAGGGGACGAACGCAGAGACUGUUUGGAGCAACCUCAUCAGCAGAGUCCACCCGCCAGCCUUACUAUCCAGUGAUGGAGACGAUUUGAGUGCAACUGAAACUCCACAAAGCUCGUGUGAAGAAUCUGCACCAACCAGUGGCUUUGUGCCCACGGCCACUGAGAGCCGGCUGGCUCCUGUGCCUGGCCCUCUCCCCCACAGCUACCCCGUCACUAAGGAACUCCACCUCCCAGAAGCCUUCACUUCCACUGCCACACACUUCUCCCCCAUCAUCCUGACCAACGAAGAAGACUCCGAGGAGGAAGGCCAACCCCUCGGAGCUGCCAUUGAAGGGAGUGUGGAUGGAUUCACUAACAGCAGUGAGGAAAGAGGCCUGGAGUCCCUGUCUCCUGCACCGACUGAACCUCUCCAGGACCUAACUCCAGCUCCCAGCGACCAGAUGCUGCUCCCCUCUCCUCUCCCUGAUGUUUCCUGUCUCCACGUCUCUCUUCCUCCUCCGUUAUCAUCUCACCUCAGCGGCUGCGGCGUUUUCAACAAUUACCUCUUCCGCCAGGACCCGUCAACAGGACACCUGUCCCUGGUGCCGGUGCAGGUCAGGGCCCCGGAGUCUCUGCUGGACCUGGAGAUAGAUCUGUCCCUGGUGCCGGGGCCCUUACAGGGACUCAUCACAGCUCCAGAGAGCUCUGAUGCUCCGUUUAUUAACUGCCUGAAUGUGCCCGUGAGGCCUGGACCUCAGGAUUAUAGCCCGCCAUCUUCUUAUUUCAAUGGUAGCUCCGUCAUUUCUGACAGCAAAGGACGAAGAGAAGAGGAGUCGGUCUCUCCUCUGGUGCACCCGGCCCUGCAGGAGGUGAUCGACCUGCUGAGGGGGGAGUUCUCUCUGGAGGGGUAUCUAGACAACGGACAUGAAGACAUCGCCAUGGGGGAGUGCAUCUUCUCCAUGAAGGACCUGCAGUACCAGACGUUCGCCAGCGUGGUGAAGGAGCGCUUCAGUGAUCUGUACUGGGAGGAGGACCUGCUGGGAGUCCUGCACUGCCUGGUCAACUACAGCCCCUCCACACUCGGCUCUAAUGAGCCGCCAUCAAAGGCGGUGAAAAGGGCAGCAGCCCUCAGCCCGCCCCUGGUCGCCACCGCCGUCUGGGGAGGGACGAGAGAAGUUUGCCCGCCCGGUUGUCUCGACCUGAAUGGAAACAUUCACACGUCCAGUCCUGCUGCUGCAGGAAGCGAGGCCCGGUCCACUCAUGGAGGAAACGAGUUUGAAUUAAGAUCGGACGAGAGUCAACACUGCAUCCGUCAAGGCGUGAGCUCUGACAGUUCAGACGCGGGGGUCAUGGAGGGAGGGGAUCACUCAGCGGGGGGCAGCGAUGAAAGCCCCUCUGAAGCCGACUUCCUGUCGGGGAGAGAGGAGGACGGGCUGACGGAGCUCACCAGCCCCGACUGCUCCGUGGACAUGGAGGACAGCGACUCGCUGGCGUCGGAGCGCCUGGUCUCGCCCGGGUCCAGAUCAGAGGGAGGGGGCUUCAGCUCCGGACCCGCCUGGGCCCUGGCCUUCUACGGAGAGGAGUGUUUCAGCCCCGAGGUGCUGCAGUACGCAGAGAAUCUGGGUCAGCACUCAGGAGCUCCAUGUCUGGAGGUGAAAACACAGGAACUGCAGCAGCAGCUGGUGAUUGAAACAAGGAAUCUAAAGAAAACCAGAAAUUUCUACCAGAAGCUGCUUCAGCAAGAGAGAAAAAACAAAGGUUCUGACAACAAGCUGAUGCUGUCCAAACUCAAGUCCCAGCUGGAGGAACUCCGGUCCAAAGUGCUCUUCUUGGACGGUGUAAAGAAAUAUCUUGAGAUUCUCAGUGUGGACCAGUGGGGUUUGGAGGUUUCAUUACUUCCUUCUUUGGCUGUGUGUGGACCCAGCUCUCUGGACUUCCAGUCCUCUGAGGACCCGUCUGUUCUGAGCUUCGGUACCAGCAAAGGGAAGAGCUCGCUGCAGGCGGGGUCCCCGCUGGGCCUCAUGGCUUACCUCUACGCCAGGAAUGCUGCUGUGGAGGGUUACAUCCAGCAGUUCCUCUACAUGUUUCGCUUCUUCUGCACUGCUGAGCAGCUGCUGCAGUUCAUCAUGGACAGAUUCAUCAGUGCUGCAAGACAGGGUCCAGGCAUGUCAGGAGACGGAGAGAAGAUCUUCCACCGUAGUCUGGACCUGCUGCAGUUCUGGAUCACAGACUGCAAACGGGUGGAUUUCACAGCCAAGUCCAGCCUGGUGGAUCUGUUAGAGAACUUCCUUAAUACUGAGGUGAUUCCUGUAGACAGCCGGGGGGAGGUUCUCCUCUCUGCUCUCCUCAGUCCUCCUUCUACCUCGUGGAUCCAAGGAAGAGGAAGUCUCAUCAGUUUUGAGGAAGACGAGGACUCGAUGUCUGUGCAUUCAUCUACUGAGGAUCUGGGGAAGAAGUGGAGGUUCUCCAGAGUGGUGGAGCCGUCCUCCUCCUCGGUUCCCAGAGAGAAGUCCUUCUCCAUCGCUGCAGCGCUGCCGGUUCCCUGCUACGGCUCGCUGCUGGACGACCUCGCCGCCGUCUGCCUGCACGGCGAGGAGCGACUUCCCUUCAGCCAGAACGAAGGCAGCGCACAGCACAUCAGCCAGCAGCUCAGCCUGCUGCAGCAGGAAAUGUUCCAAGGAUGUCACCCGGUUCAUUUCCUCAACUCCAGAACACAAGGAGUCAGAGACAAGACCUCCGCAACUAACAAGUGACUGACUUCCAAAAUGAUUUGGCGACCCCCCUCCAGGAACGUGUCCCAGCUCCCUCCAGCAGAGGGCAGCAGCCCCCCUCUCUCUGAGGACUCAGGCUGUUUCCUGCAGCAGCUGCUGGCGUACGCCGACAGCGUCGCUAACUGGAUCUCUGCUGAAAUCGUCAUCUGUGACUCGGUCAAGACUCAAGUUGCUGUGCUGACCAAGUAUCUGUGGAUAGGGAAACACUGCUACGAGUCCAGGAACUUUGCCACAGCGAUGCAGGUCCUCGCAGGGCUGGAGAACGUGAUUGUCAGGCAAUUACCAGCUUGGAAACAUCUGUCCUCCAAGGUGUGUGAGAUCCUGGAGGAGCUACGAGCCGUGCAGGUGUUUCUGAAGAGUGAUGACCUGUGUCUGAUGGGGGGAGAACAGGCCAGGAGGAGGCCCACGCUGCCCUCAGCUCACAUCCUGGCCAUGCACGUCCAGCAGCUGGAGAUCGGAGCGUUCACACUCACCACUGGAGCCUACAAGUGGACCAAGCUCAGGACCAUAGCAAAGGUUGUGAGCCAGGUCCAGGCCUUCCAGGAGGCCGUCUACACCUACAGCCCGGACCGGGCGCUGCAGGCGUACCUCCGGCGCCGCAUCGCCCGCUUCGCCACCUCUGACAUCCACCUCUUGGCCGCCGACAGCGACGCCAACUUCCAGCAGUCCAGCGAGCGGCAAACACGGAGGAUCCAGGACCGGCUGAGGAGGGUGAAGGCCACGUUCCAAUGAGCCCUGGCCUCCGUCACACCGCCACCGCCACCACGGCCCGGAGCGCUUCACCGCCACCAGGUCAGCACCGCCACCGCCACCAGGUCAGCACCUCGUGUUCGAGCCCGGACGAGGCGUCGUGCCGACCACGGCCCUCUGUGUCUCUGUUGUCAUGGCAGCAGAGCCGUGUGGACUGGGUUUUUUUUCCUGCUCUCAUAUGUUCUCUCUCUGUCAAAGGCCCUGUAGAACCUGAUAAAGUUAUAAAUUCCAGAUAAUAUAAUAAAAUCUGCACUUGAGCCCAUUGAAAAUGUAAUAAAUAAUAAUAAUAACUUCCCAGUAAUGUAAUAAAGUGCAUUUCCCAAUAAUGUAAUACACUUUUUUUUUUUUACAAAUAAUGUAAUAAAGUAUAACAUUAAUGGGAGGUUAUUACAUUAUCAGGUUAGCCUUCAUUUCGCAAGUCCUGAUAAUGUAAUUAAUAAUGUAAUUAAUUGUAAUAAUUUAUAUGUGAUACUGUGUAGGCAACUCUAGCUGAUAAUGUAAUUACUUCCCGAUAAUGUAAUAAAAAUCUGCACUUGAGUCCAUUGAAAAUGUAAUAAAACCUGAUAAUGUAAUAACUUCCCGAUAAUGUAAUACAC